GAGCCGCCUCUCAUCAUGGCCCAUGACGACUUGAACCGACUGGUGAUGACGCUGUUGGCACUAUCUUCUGGCCUUGAAGGUACACUCGCGAGCCAGAUCAGGACCGAAAUCGCCAAGAUUCCGGCAGCACUGUACAGCGAACGCAACGAGACCGACAAGAGCAUCGCAGCAUUGAAGAAUCAGACGAGAGAAGUCGAAAAGAUGAUGGAGAAUCUGCGCCGAGAGAACGAGCACCUGAAGGAAGCUUAUACACUGCUGGAGAUGCCAAUGGCUCACGUGCAGCCGGAGCUCCAGACUGCAAACACACCACAUGCAGAUACAAUCUCCGCGAGGGGCUUCAAAGGCGGGUCGUGUCCGCCGAGCGAAGAGCGACGCCCGCCAGAAGCCCGAGCAAGCAUCCGCAAGCGAUUCUCGACGGGCUUCCACUCGAAUGGCGAUCACGAGAGUGAAUGUAAUGAUCGCAUCUCAGGAGCUCGCGACGAGAACAUCCUGCCAACGCCAUCUGGUAAAAGAGUAUGGGUGGGUGGACUGGCCCGUGAGACGGACGAAGGAGCGCUGAGGGAGUUUUUUGACGACUUUGAGUGCGUCUCUAUCGCAUUCCAUACCACAAGUUCGAAAAACAGAAUUGCCUUCGUCAUCCUUCCCACAGCUGCCGAAGCUUCGCGGGCUGUCCGACAACUCCACAACAAACGCCUUCUCGAUCGCAUAGUGUCAGUGAAGCAUGCGAUUCCGAAAACCAACCCUUCCUCUGAAGAUGCUGACUGCUCUGACGUGCCCGGGGAAGGCGACUUUCACUUUCGGGGUCGAUCUUCUACCAAUGCCGUAGAGCUUUUUCCCAGAUUGGGGGCGCGAUCACAGGACAAUCCCGCCAAGCGAGCGAAAAUUUCGCCAGCUUGAUUGCGAACACUGGAAAGACAAUCAUGUGAUGCGUGAAAGAGCCAUAAUACAGAGAGCUUAACAUGGCUUCCGAGAUUAUCCACCACUGCAGGCAGAAUUGAUCUGGCUACGAGAUGGUAUAGACUUAGACGUAGAAUGGCGAGAAUUUACCACACUACUCAAC